GGGCGUUCUUGGCGUGCAAUUUUGGAGGCUACUGCAAAUUGUGUUUCACCGAAUAAUGGUUGGACGACGGUCACCAGUCUCAGUGUAAUUCGGUGCAAUCGAAUAAAUGGUAGCCGCUGAUAAAACACGCGCGAUAUCCGUAGCACUUGUUCUGUGCGUGAGUUCACAAGAACGCGCUGCGGGUUGAACUUUAAACAACUAGCGGACCGGAUGCACCCUGAACCAAAGUGAAAUUAGCAUUAUGUCGCAACCGUGCAGGCAGAGGAGGCAAGUUCAAUAGUAAGGCGCGUGCCGGCAUAAUUCGCAACAACAGCAUGUCCAGCUCGGUGUUCAAAGUGUACGCGUCCAGCCGGGAUGGGUUUGACGAGGGCGCGGCGGGCGAGCUGGCCGGCAGUGCGGAAACGGAUCUCAAGGAGGCAGUUCACGAGGAUCUUAAACUCGACUCAAAUCUAGUGAUCCUGCUGAACAAGGAUGGCUCGGUUUCGGUAGACCAAAACACGCUCCAAAGUUUGCUGGCCAACGAAACCACGGGCACCUCAGUCAGCCUGGUCCGAAUAUCAUCCCCAACGCCGAGCAUUGAGGAGGAAAUCGAGGAAGAACGGCGUCGUUUGAAGGACGAAAAGCAGAGGGAAGAUGUGGACGGAGCUAGUGGCGCAAGCUCGAAUGAGGAUUCCAACGACGACAGCAACUCCAUUGCCGGUACUAGCUCUGGCACGUCAAGCAUCGUAGUUGGCGGAUCGACCCGUCGAACGCGAACGUCGUCAAAGAAAGGAUCGGGCACUGCAACCACCGUAAUGAUGGAAACCGAGGAGGAACCGCGUCACGUUAGUCUGACCGUCGAGGGUUUCUAUCCGCCGUCCGAAGCACAGAACUUUGCUGCCCAGGUACUGAGUCUGGCUGGGUAUGAGCAUCCGCUCCGGAAAGAAGUGGUCGACAUCGAGUACAUCCGCUACACGAUAUCGAACGAUCAUUGCUAUACGCCGCUCGCUUCGACUGCCCAGAAAGCUCUGGACUCGAAAGGACAGGCUAUCGAGGAUUUGGACUCUUCGGAGGAAUCAUCUUCUCAUUCGGCUAGGACAUCUCUUGGAAGCAAAGCUAACCGAUCGUCUUCCGCGAGCAAGAUCACUGACCAACAAAAGGCGUCGGUCACCGCCAGGACCUUCAAUAAGGGUUCCGCACAGGCCACUGUCGGCUCGUCGAAGGGAGCCAAUUUAAACCGCAGCAAAUCAACGUUCGGAUCGCAGAGCUCUGGUGGACUAUCGAAUGCGAAGGAGCAGAAAAGGAAGAAAUCGAAAGCGAGCGAUCGUGAGACCGACGAGCCACAGGAUGAGGACGAUGACGAUGAAGAGCUGGAGGAGGAAGAGGACGAUGAGUUUUACUCGGACUACGAGGAAGACGAAGAAUCUUCCUUCUCGGAGGAGGAUGAUGAGCUCGAUGUUGAUUUCAGUGUCACCGGUCGAUCGUCAUCGGUUAAAAAGCGCAAACAGCUGGCCAAGGGAAGAAACAAACCAUCGCCUAAGGCACCACGGCGUAGCAGCAUAACAGGGCCGCCAGCAUCCGGGUUAUCGAAAAGGGCUGAGAAGGAACAUGAUGCAUCGCAAACGGAAAAAUCGAAAGAAUCUAAAUUCAAGAUUGUUAAAUCAGUCCGUAACACGAUGAAUGAGAAUGUAACGAAAGUGUUUUCCCCACAGACCGCAAAGCAACAGCAACAGCAGCAGCAACAAUUGGUAGCUAAGGUAAAGGCAGCCGCACAAUCCCAUUCACAGUCUCAUCCGAGUAAGAAAGUUCCCACGAAAACGUACACUUUGACGACUACAACGACACCUGGAGGACCGAUGACGGUUCUUUCACCGGCAACGGCUCCUGCGACCAGCAGCAGUAAGCCCAUGGUAAAGGUACCAUCCAAGGUGGACGUCACACACAAUCAAACGAAACCAACGGCGCCAACGACGCCAACAACGCCGACCGGUACAGCAGUUUCAUCGGUAACACCGCAGAAGAAAGACAAGAAACCGAAAUCGACCGCUCUGGAUGCGGCCAUGGUCAGCGACAUAUCGGCUCUGUUCUCAACGCCCGAUAUUAUCAAAAAAGUUAACACAGGCAAAAGUCAGCCAGGACCAUCACCAACAACCAGCUCGCUACCGACGGUGAAGGCUGUGACAUCCGAGCCACCAUCGGUUGUUGCAGUAUCCGCACCGAAAGUUGUUGUCAUCGAACAACCGAAGACGGUACCGUCGAUCCCUGUACUGACGGAAUCGAUCCCGACCUUGUCAUCGGCUCCAGCACCGACUUCAACUCCAGCUGCCGUCCCGUCUACUAAUCCCGUACUCGCGGAACAACGUUUAGAUUUAAUCCAUGCGAUUGUGCAGGAAGAUCUAAGACAACCGAUGGCGGGUACUGUAGUAACAGCAGUGGCAACAGCAACAGCAGCACCGAUCAUGCAGCAACCGGCAGAGAUUCCCAACAUUGUAAAAAUGUUAGAAACCACGGCCAAUAUGGUUGAUGCAGGUUACGAUCCCAUGGCUCAACAAUGGCUAAUGGCCCCGGUAGGAGUGAAACCGAUGGAAGAACCUGUUGGUGGGCUGCUGCCGGAUAAUAAUGCCAUACUAGAGGCACUCAACAGUGGAGUGGACGCACUGCCAGAAGAUUUACUCGAACACGUGGCCGAACUGGCGAAGAACAAGGAACUGCAGGAAAUUCUUGACAAGCAGGUGCUUGGCGUGAUCGGUCCCAGUGCACUCGAUCCUCACUCCACUCUUCCGCUCAAUCGUCCACCAACACAGCAUUCCGUACAGCAGCCGCAGCAAGAGCAACAGGCCCACCAACAGCUAGUGCUGAAUCAGGUAGGCGGUGCGGUACCUACAACCAUCCCGGAAUAUCUUCCAACGCUGUCGGUUCGCGAGCAGCAGACACCACGCAAGGAAGCUAUACAGAUACGCCGUAGCGACGGACGGGUCAUUACACUGCCACCCAUCGAGGCACCCGCGACACGUGCCUCCAAGCGACGUGCACAAGGGACACCUGGAACGCCCAGCAGCCAGUUGGUCAACUUGGAAGAUGAGCUUUCGACACCGAAGAAUACUCGAGUUCAGCAGAAAGUUUUGGGAACCAUGGUUCCUUUAUCGUCCCAGCUUCCCACUCCUGGGGCGGUUGCAGUUGAUGAGAGCACAGGGAAUAUGGGAAAUAUCAUAAUUGAUGACAGUGCCGCGCCAAAGGGUGCGAAACGUGCGAAUAAAACGGCUGGACCGGAUGCUAACCGCACGAAGCGGUUAGUAACGUCGACGACGGCGAUCGAUCCCGCUGCUGCCCAGGAUGAUGAUCUAGAUUCUGAUGAAAGCUGGAAUUCAGAAGAUGAUCCCGAUCGUCUGUGGUGCAUUUGCAGACAACCGCACAACAAUCGGUUCAUGAUCUGCUGCGAUUCGUGCGAGGAUUGGUUCCAUGGGAAAUGUGUGAACAUUACGAAGGCUAUGGGCCAACAGAUGGAACAUGAUGGUAUCGAGUGGACAUGUCCUAAUUGUCUCAAGAAAAAGGCAGAUCGACAACAACCGAAAAUGACAGAAUUUUUAAUACCCACUGGAUCAAACCUUUCGGCCCAAACCUCAACUAGCAACACCAUUUUGCAAGACGCGGUGAUUCUAGCAGUGGCAGACGAAGCAUCGCCGAAUGCUUGCAUUGUUUGUAGUAAACAGGCGAAACCGAACUCAAUCUACUGCAGUGACGAUUGUAUUCGUAAGCAUGCUGGAUCUGUACCGAUGGCCAAAACUGAUAAGGCAAAAGAUCGUCGUCCUUCGGUUGCACCAUCGACACCGACCACUCCAACUGAACCGAUUCUUUCCAGUCCCAGUUCAUCGACUGAAACGAUUAUCGUCAUGGAGCGAACGACCGGCCGUUGUUUAGCUGGCAAGUUCGGUCCAACGGCAGAAAACAUCAAGCAGUGGCUACAAGAGCACCCGACGUACGAAGUUGUGCCACCUGGUUCACCACAGGCCGCCAUUAUACUCAAAAAGCAGGCUGCAGCCCGUCGUAUACAGCUGGCCAAUGAAGCAUCGGUAAAGAAGUCAACCCUUGGGUCACCCACCACUUCUUCAGGCGGCAGUGGCGGUAGCCAAUCACCGAAGAUGCAAACGCAACUAAAAGUGAAUGAUCAAAAAAAGAUGGUGAUUGUCAGUUCGGCCGCAACGGCACCAACAGGCUCGACAUCGUCUCCUAGAACACCCGGGGCGACCGGUAAAGCACCACUGAGCACUGGUGUACAGUCUGUAAGCAAGUCAACGUUGGUUCAGAAAACGAUCACGGGGACGAAUAGAGGCACCGCAACUUCUCCUACUACGGCCGGAUCGAUACAGCGCACCAAUUCUGGAGUAAUUGGGCAAUCCAAGGCGAAUGUCAGUGGAUCACCGGCUGGUGCUGCUUCAGGGACAUCUACCGGAAGUCCUUCGCUUGCAACCAAACCGCCGAAAAAGCCAACCGCAUCAUCAUCGGCAAACUCUUCGGUUUCUGGAGAGCAUGGUGCGCCGAAUAACAAACAGCAAACCACACCCACUGGUAAAUCUGCGACCACCCCUGGUGGCGAGAACAUCCGUGUGACCGUUAAGAAGACCCUAAAGGAACAUCUUAUGCAGCGUACGGCCGAGCUGAAAGAGGACAGUACGAUACCACGUCUAAAGGAGGAAGAGAUUGAUCGGUUUGUAAAGGAAACCGAGGGUGAGCUGUUUGCGCUCUUCAAUAAGGACACGGGCAUGAAGUAUCGGGCCAAGUAUCGCUCGCUUGUGUUUAACAUAAAGGAUCGCAAGAAUCUGUCGCUCUUCCAAAAGAUUUGCGAGAAGAUAAUAGAACCAAAGCAACUGGUUCGCAUGACAGCGGACGAGUUGGCGAGCCAGGAAUUGGCUCAAUGGCGCGAGAACGAAACCAAGCAUCAGCUGGAGAUGAUUAAAAAGACGGAACUGGAAUCGCUAGCGUGCGCUAAGAACUACGUUGUGAAGACCCAUAAAGGCGAAGAGUUGAUCGAAGGCAAGGGGGAGGACCGGGUUCAGUUAGAUCCAUCCGUUCCGGUCGAUGAUGUCGUUUCGCUGCUAAACAAUUCCGCCGUUAGCAGUACCAGCGAGCUGGAUGAAUCGUUUGUGAGCUCCGGUGCGAAGGAUAGUAGCUCCUAUCGGACCAAGGAUUACGAUUUCGGAGGAUAUGGCAAGCACUAUAAUACGGCACUAUAUGGCAGUGGCAGCGCUGCGAGCUCCCUUAUCAGUAGCAGCAAUACGCUGGUGGCCGGUAAAUCAGAGGCUGGUGGUGGAGCUUCCUCUUCCUCGUCGUCAUCCACUUUGCGUAAAAAGGAUUCACGUCGCAGUAGCCGAAGUCGUAGCAGAAGCCGCGGUCGCAAACGUGAUCGAUCGCGUGAUCGAAGUCGUUCCAAGCACAAGCGUAAGCGAAGUCGCGAGCGAAGCCACGAUCGACAUACGAGCCGGGAUCACGAACGUGAGAAGGAGCGGGACCGUGAUCGUGAAAGAGAUAGAGAUCGUGAUCGGCAUCACCGUGGGCGCGAUCGUAGCCGUGAUCGAUCUAAGCACGAGCGGAAGAGCUCGCGUGAGAAGGAAACAGCGAAAACGGGUAGCUCAUCCGAGAAGCGUCGAGCUUCCGUUGCUUCAGCAGCUGGGCGAGACCCGGACAUCUCGGAUUCAUCGUCUAGAGCGAAGUUUGAUCAUGAUCCGAGCAAAGAUAAUACUCACAGCACGAAAACGAUCACGAACGCCGGUAAGAAGGUGGCGAUCGACGAAAAUGCAGCCAGUAAGGAUGCGUCUUCAAGGACAUCGCUCACUGAGGGUGGUGUUGAUCCGUUGGUGGUUAACAAAGCUGACAAUCCCGACGAAGCCCCUAAAGGAUCGCUUGCCGACGCGGUUAAGGAAUCGAAGCCUGAACAAGACCAGGAACCGACGAGUACGGUCACUAUUCCCACACCUCCCCAUCAUCCACCCUACGAAGGCGAGUCACCAGAUGAUGGAACAUCGGCACCUAGCCAACCUUCGGAGGAAGCGGUCGACGAAACGACUCGCGAAGCAGAACGCACCUACUGGACUGGCAGCGUACACAUGGUUGAUGUGGCCAGUGUGGUGAUGUCGAUCCGCGCGGUUAGCGGUGACAUACAGGAUGUGGCGAAAGACUUUAGUCCCGAUCUGGAUAUCUGUGGCACGAUCAAGCCCGAGCUCGUGUGGGAUUACAUUGCGCAGAUCCGCAAGAGCACCAACAAGGAGAUUUGCCUGGUACGAUUCCACUCGCGAGAAACCAGCGCGUACUACACGCUGUACAAUCAUUUGUUCACGCGCAAGCGAUAUAGCGUGGUAAAAGCUCCUUCCGCCGCGAUCAAAGAUUUCUACAUCUUUCCGCUGCCGGCGGAACAGAUGGUGCCGAUGAUCCUGAAACCGCACGGUGGGGUCGGGAUCGUCGAAGGCGAUCAGAAGCCCAAUCUGUUGCUGGGUGUUUUGGUGAAGAUCAAGGGUAAACGGCCGACACUACCACCGGUUGCAGUGUCGCAGAUAAAGGUUGCUCGGCGUCAGUCAAAGGGAUCGAUCGGUACCACCCCAGCCGGUGUGAACCCAUCGUCUUCUAGUACUAGCGCGGGCGUUGCAUCGGGCACAGCGUCAUUGAUGCAGCAGGUCAUUACAAAAUAUGCAACGAAGCAGCCACCAUCGGGUAGUGCGGCUCCGAUUGUCGAUAGCGAUGCUGCUAGUACCAGCAAUGCAGCAUCUGCCGUUUCAUCUCAUAAGCAAACCGACCUUCUGACAGCUACUGGCAGUGGUACUGGUGGCACUGGCAUUGAUGAGGAGAACACUAAGAAGAACGAAGUCGAGAAACAAGAGACAGAUAUGGACGUUGACAUGGAUAUCAUCAAGGCACCGAUUGCAGGAAAAGGUACUUCUGCGACGGCCCACCUAUCGAUGAUGGCUGGCGAAGGCAACAGUAACAGCAGUUUAGGCAGCGCAACAGGCCGUGCAGGUACCGCAGAGCCCAUGCUGAUCGACGAAGACGACGACGAUGCACCGUACUCUCCCGGUGGUGCUAGCGAUGACAGCAACUUUGCGGACGUGACGGCCAUCGUGGAAACUUCCAAGCAGGAAAAUCAAAGCGAUGUCGAGCGUAUCAAGCGAGAGAUGGACGAGUUGAACCGGAAAAUUGCGAUGCAAAAGAACGAAAUCGUUGGUCUGAUGACGAUGAAUGAGCUGAGUGAGGGAGAGAUCAAUUCUACCCUGCCGCCCUCGCUGAUCAACGAUAUUCCCAUUCCGGCCAAUCUGUCACAGAUUCUGGCAAGUAUCAAGGGAGGUGCUGGUAGUGGUGGUGGUGGUGGUACGACAGUUGAUGAUGAAAUUCCCUCCACUUCAUCAUCGGGUGUUGGAUUUGGAUCGAUGAAAGGAUCUACAAUUCCCUUGGCGGUUGCCGCGACGACCGCCGGUGAUGAUGAUGAGGAGUACAAUCCGAGCGCACCGUCGCUCUUCUCCAGCUAUCAAUCGAACUAUGUACCCCAAACCGUCAACAGUCUGGGAGAUAUCGAUGAGCGAAUCCUACCGCCAACGGUCCUACAGGUGGCAUCAGCAACGGGAAGUGCAACGCCAUUUGAACUGAUGCCACCAGCCGCAACACAGGUCGGGGCUGGCGAGCCUGUAACGACAGCUGGCAGCAGUGCUACCGGCGAGAGUCGCUUGGCGAAACUUUCCGACGAAGAACUGCUUCGUUUAGUACCGGACGACGCGAUGAUCGUCGAUUCGUCUUUAAAUGAUUCGUAAAUCAUGGUGUGCAACUUCAUGAAGGAGAUUUUAAAAAUCGUUCGCGUUCAAAUAACUCUAUUCUAGCACUCGUCUGGUUCCGUAGUUCCGCACCCACCCGGUUCAAUCUUUCGAUGCCUAGCCAGAUCUUAACGUCAACGUUUCGUGUACCAUGUACGCCUCUCAUGCGUUGAUGAUGGUUCAUACCAAAACUGAUCCUAAGCUAUUAGUCAUCUUGUUAGACAACACAAAGGGCUAAGACACAAGCGUGGAUAGGCCUAAGAAGUAGUCUAUUUCUAGACGUCUGCAUGUGAUUUUAUAUCUUCUUUUGAUUCGGUUCCAAUUGAUCCUAGUACACUCAUCGAGGACAUCGCCAGACAUCUUGAAUCUUUACUGGAACUCGCUCUCUUCGAUUGCGUGGCGAUGAGGUAAGGUGUAAAGGCAAAAGCGAUGCGUUCACUUGAGUUCACUUUCCAAUUAUUGUACAACUUGUAUUAAACUUACUAUCCCUAUUGCGUUUGCUAGAUAAUGUACGUAUAUAAAGUGUAAAGUCCCAGAGAAACAAUUUUCAACGAAGGAUAGCACAUCCUUAACAGCUCUCAGAUGUCUCGAAGCAGACCAAAACCAUGGUUUGUAGAAUGUGGUCAGCAUGCAAAUAGUUUAAAAUUACUGCUAGCUUCUUAAGUCUUACAGUUACUGAGAGCGGAAGGCGCUAUGGGGAUGCUCCCUUCGCAAGAGCGAUGGUGGCUGCUAUAACGAGGCUCUGUGCAAUUCUACCGAGCUGUUUCACCGACAGUCUACGGCUUGUGAAGUGGUAGGCUAUAGAUUGUAGCGCAUCGUAACACAUUAAGACCGGUGAGUGGUGGAUCAGCUCGAAGCAUAUGUAUCGUCCUCCAACCUAUUCCGCGUGAUAAAAGAUAACGAAUGUAACGCAAAAUGCAAGUGGUAACUUCAAAUAGUCUAGGCUCCCCAUUUCACAUACCUUUCCCCUCAAUGUUGGUCAUAUAGGAUCGCAAACAAGACCUUCUUGCUCUAGGUAAUAAUACUAACAAUACGUAUUCAGUUAGGCGUGCGUAUUAGGAGCUCCAUAAUAUAGUUUGUUACUAAAUCAUAUUUUAAAUAAUGUACUGCAUUUAAGGCUCAUCAUAAUUAGAUGCACUAUGCAAAUGCGGCAAACGAUGUAAUAUAGAUUGUAGGCUUAGGUGCAUCAUAUACGGCAAGGUUCGAGUUUAGCAACACACUGGAACAUGGUGGUCCCGAAGGCGGGAGACGUGAUGGUGUAAGAAAGGUGAGCAAGAUCAAGGCAGUGACACAUUAUCGAAUAUAUAUGAGAAAAUAAAGCUAAUUUUUGCGAGAAAGUUUCGCAACUCU